AUGGCUCUGAAACCAGGUCGCCGGACUUCUCUGAGGCUCGACUUGUCUCAGGGUGCGCUUUCGGAGUCACCACCGGGCAUUGCAUCUUUGUUCUUGAUCCUCUUCGAUAUCAAGAAAGGAUAUGUGAUUUCGUGGCAAGAAUCGAUACCGGGUAUCGACCUUGAAGGAGCCGUCGAAUACAAGUCAUUGCCGUCGGGAUUACACAAUGUUUCUGAGGACCUCAUAUACUUUGUUCACGAAGAAUAUGCUGGAAUAUGCGCUUUCAUAAAUCAGCCCGCCGCCGAGACCGAGCGCAAUGCUCUAAUGCUAGCUGUGGGCGUAUUGGUUCCUCUGAGCUUUGGAAGACUUGGGAAGAGCUGGAGGCAUGCUGCGGGUCUCAAAAACCUUGCAAAGCAAUGCGCGAAUAAUAUAUCGGACACCCAACCCCUAGCGGAAUAUUGGGACAAACACCAUGUGCGUGAUAACGAGCCUAGAUUGGAAGACACUCCACCAGAUUCUCCAGCUGUGCUUCGAAGGCCCUUGAAAACAGACCGCCCAGAGACGUUACAGUCGAGAAGUUCCAUCAGCGACGCAGCGGGCAUAGAAACCACAAAACCUUUUCUAGCGCCUUACCAUCCUGCUUUAUCACUUCCGGACUUUGUCGAGAAAUUCGGGCCUCUUAUAUUUCCUCUAUACAGAGCUUCUCUCCUGCGGAAAAGAAUCUUGAUUGUGACUGAAGCUCCAGUCCAAUCGACCUGUGACUAUGUAUAUGCACUCGCACUGUUGUCUUCACUGCCCCAAUCGCUAUCUCCUUUCUUCGAUCAAGAUGGCGCGCCACCUCUUCGCCCGCGACCGAUAUUCAAUGUGGGAAUCCACGAUAUACCCUUUCUGUCGACAAACUCCGAUACAUAUUCGAGCUGGAUUGCCUGCACAACAGAUAACGUGUUGGCAACAAAGACCGAACUUUUCGAUAUAUUAGUUACUUUGCCAACCACACACUCACCACAUAUUUCGCAAAAGACGUAUCCUAAAAUAGAGAUUAUGCACGGAUCCAACACACAGCAAAAAUCAAUCAAACUAGUCACCUUGAAGGCAACACAGCGCGAUGCUCGCCGCUUCGUCUUACUUCGAGAUGGACUUCGUCGUUUAUCUAGUGCCGUAUCAGAACAAGAUGACAAUCCCAACGAUAACAUAGAUGACGCUGCAUCGACCUUCUCAUCAUCCUCAAUCGUUGAGCCCUUAUCUUGGCCACGAUUAGCCUACACAUCAUUCUUAUGGUGGGCAUCUGCAGGCGAAAAGCGCACAGGUCUAUCCGAAGAUGAAGAAGAGCAAGACGAACAAGAUACCAGUUUAUUGCCGAAUACUCAUCACGGCCAACUCUCCCACCCGGGCCUCCAGUCGAAUGAAAUAGAUCAGCCGCGUGAAAUAGCGUUGAUCGCUUAUUUCCGCCGAUUAACUACGCUCGUAUUCACAACACUCGCCGAUGCCGUCGCACGGCAAGGUGAUAUCGACGACGAACCCCCGGCAACAGGCAUAUAUCGCGAUGAUCCUGACGAUGACGAGGAAGCCGAAGAAGUCGCAAAUUUCCCCUCAGCCGGUGACAACGACAACGAGCCCCUCCUCCCCGCUAAUACUGUCUGCAAAGAAGGACUACCGCCUGUAACAAUCACAUCAUCCGAUAUAUCCGAAAUGGGACUCGACAUGUGGAGUGCAACGGAUAGAAUGUUUAUAGAGGAAUUGGUCCAGGUAUGGUGGAAAAGGAGGGCGGACGUGAAUGGAACGAGGAUUAGAUGUUGUGGUAUACCGAUCUUGUAA